GAGAGAGAGAGAGAGACAGCACCGCUUUAAGCAGCGGGGACCGGAAGCGGCGGUCUAACCGGAAGUUGAAUUGAUCUUGAACGGUUCGGCUUCAUCAGCAGCUCAGCUCCGGCGGCCAUGGCUCAUCUCCAGGCUCUGUUCCAGCAUGUGGACCAGAACCAGGACACCUACGUUCAGCGCCUGGCAGACUGGGUGUCCGUCCAGAGCGUCUCGGCUUGGCCCGAGAAGCGAGGAGAAAUCCGGAGGAUGAUGGAGAUGGCGGCCAAGGACAUCGAGAGGCUGGGGGGGACCGUGGAGCUGGUGGACGUGGGCACCCAGAAGCUGUCUUCAGGGGAGCUCCUCCCGCUGCCCCCCAUCAUCCUGGGCUCUCUGGGCUCGGACCCGGCCAAGAAGACGGUCUGCAUCUACGGCCACCUGGACGUCCAGCCGGCCAGCGUGGAGGACGGCUGGGACACGGAGCCCUUCACGCUGGUGGAGAGAGACGGAAAGCUGUAUGGAAGAGGAUCCACUGAUGACAAAGGCCCGGUUCUGGCCUGGCUGAACUGCAUCGAGGCCUACCAGAAGAUCAAGCAGGAACUUCCCAUCAACAUCAAGUUCUGCCUGGAGGGCAUGGAGGAGUCCGGAUCAGAAGGUCUGGAUGAGCUGGUGUUCUCUCAGAAAGACUCCUUCCUGAAGGACGUGGACUACGUCUGCAUCUCUGACAACUACUGGCUGGGGAAGACCAAGCCCUGCAUCACCUACGGCCUGAGAGGGAUCUGCUACUUCUUCAUGGAGGUGGAAGGCAGUGACAAGGACCUGCACUCAGGGGUGUUUGGUGGCUCCGUUCAUGAGGCCAUGACCGACCUGAUCGCACUGAUGGGCUCCCUGGUUGACAAAAAAGGGAAGAUUCUGGUUCCUGGGAUCCACGAUGGCGUUGCUCCUCUGACCAAAGAGGAGGAGGAGCUCUACGGGGCCAUCGAGUUUGACUUGGAGGAAUACAGCAAGGAUGUGGGAGUCAGGAAGCUGCUCCAUAAAACCAAAGAGGAGAUCCUCAUGCACCGCUGGAGAUACCCCUCUCUGUCUCUCCACGGGAUUGAAGGAGCCUUCUCCGACGUCGGAGCAAAGACCGUCAUUCCUCGCAAAGUUACUGGCAAGUUCUCCAUUCGUCUGGUUCCGGACAUGGACCCAAAGGUCGUGGAGAAACAGGUGAUCGACUACGUGCAGAAGAAGUUUCAGGAACUGGAGAGCCCCAACAAGCUGAACGUGUACAGCGGCCAUGGAGCCAAAGCCUGGGUCUCUGACUUCAACCACCCGCACUACAUGGCGGGUCGCAAGGCUAUGAAGACGGUGUUUGGCGUUGAGCCGGACUUGACCCGUGAAGGCGGGAGCAUCCCGGUGACCCUGACCUUCCAGGAGGCGACGGGCCGGAACGUCAUGCUGCUGCCUUUAGGCUCGUCCGACGACGGAGCGCACUCCCAAAACGAAAAGAUCAACAGAUCAAACUACGUUGAGGGCAUCAAGAUGCUGGGGGCGUACUUCCACGAGGUCUCCCAGCUGGAAUGAGCUGAUGCGACAUCUCUGUUUCCAUCGGUCCCAAUCGACUCUUCAGGGAUGAACAACUUCUUCUGUGAUUCUGCUGAUUAAGGCAGUUUGGAUGUCAGGAAUGGGGAUAAAAACUGCUUUACCUGAUUUCUGUUUCAGUUAGUUUACCGCUUUGAGAUCCAGACAGAAACUGUGAAGGACAGUCACAGCACUUUCUACACCAAUCAUUCACAUCUCCAUGUAAACGAGAAAUGUCUACCAAUAAAGGGAUUCCUAAAGUUUGGUGGUUUAUACAGU